AGGAGCCAGGCAUGGGGGGAGGUGGCAGAGACAGUGGGUGAAACUGCUAACUUUGGUAUGGAUGACCGUGAGUCGAUGCGUGAUCCCAGCACGUUUGAGGAGGACAUCAUGCACGGCGCCACAGCCUCCAACCUUUUGCUGGAGGCUGAGCCAGGCCCAGCUGCUCUCCCUGACAAGUGCAACCACAUGGACUACGACUUCGGGGACUUUUUCGACUUUGCCCUGGAGCCCAUUGACAUCACUGGAGGAAAUGGAGCAGAUCGCCACAUGGUUACAGGAGGACUCGCUCCUGACUCCUCAAAGUAG